ACCAGUUCUUACAUUAAGCAAACUGUCGAUAGCAAGUCAAUAAACACAAGCCCGAACGCGUUAAAAAUAAUUGCGAUGACGCGAGAGUUGUCCCCAAAUCAGACCUGAAUCACAAAGUAUACAGAGCAUCCCAUCACUGGUGAAUUCAACUGCAGCCAACUUCAACUGCGAUUGGUAGAAAAAAAGAAGAGAAGAAGUUAAACAAACAACAUCAUACAGUGAAAAAAAAAAAACCAAAAACCUAAAGCGGCAUCAUCAACCUUUAAAACCAAAACUUAAAACUAAAACAAAUGAACAUAAAACUUACCUAAAAUUAAACCUAUAAUUUGAACCCAAAACAAAAAAAAAAACCUAAUUAAAACCUAAUACUAUUUAAAACUUAAAUCUAAAAUAAAUAGUUAAAAGAAUAAAAUCUAUUUUAAACAUAAAGAUAAAAUAAAUAAUUAAAAGACUAAAAUUAAAAGAAUAAAACCUACUCUAAAUUUAAAUAUAUAAACAGUGAAUUAAACCCUCAACUAACCCUAAAUUUAUAAAUAAAUAAAUACAUAUACACGUUUUAUAACGUUUUUAAAAUAUAAAAAAAGGAAGUGUGUUUUAUUUUACCCCCUUUAUGGCACAUACCCCCGAACCCGUCUACACAUUGGUCCUAACGAACCGAAUACUUAUGAAAAUUAAGUAAAGUGAAACAGUAACAAUUAAAAAAAAAAAAAAAAACAAUACAGUCCACAAAUAAAACAAAAGUGAGAAUUAAAAACAGUUCACUGAAACAAAAAUCAAAAACUAAAAAAAAAAAAUAAAAAAAAAAUAAACAAAACAGUACACAAAAAUAAUUAUAAAAAAAGAACUAAAGUUCACAAUAAUUAAAAAACCAAUUUUAAAAUAAAACAAACACUCAACGAAACAUAGAAGCAAUUUUGACAGUGAACGUCAAAAUUUGUAAAACAAUUUAAUUUUGUUUUAUUUUCCAGUUAAUAAAGAUAAACCCUAGCUAGCCUUUAUAUAAAAGGCUCAAAAGAUAAGUAUUUUUAUUAAUAACCCACCCUACCCCAUAACACUUAUCUUUUUUUGUUUGAAAAUAAAAUAAUUUAUUAACAAAAAUAAAAUUUUACACACAGUUUUUUAUUAAUAUACUAAUAAAACAUACCCACAUUAAAUCACACACUGUAUGUUUGCAAAAAUAAAAUUACAGAAAACAUAUUACAACAAUUAAACACACUUAAAUUUACUUACCCAAAAUAACAAGUAAUUUGUAAUAUUUACUUACUAUAAAAACACUAACAACACAAGUACUUGUCGAUCAUCUCAUAGCGGGAAGAUCAGCGCAAAGAAGAAUCGACAAGGAAAAAUUUUUUUUUUACACACACUCGUACAUAAGUACAAUAGUUAGUACCCUACACCCCAGCAGAGUCGGUAAGUUCAAGUAUUUGUAACUUACAUUUCCUAAUAUAUAAUUUUUAAUAAAAAAAAUUAUAUUUUACACUAUUUUCAACACAUUUGCUAUCAUAAACACCCACCCACCCAGUUCAUGAAAUUUUACCCAAUUUUCUUUUUCUAAAGUGUUAAUGCAGAACUCAAAACCCUAUUUAAUUUACCCUAUGUUAACACCAUGCAUAGUUUUUCUAUAAGACAACUACAGAGAAAGAUUAACUGUUGUAUUGCGAAUUUAAAUUCCUUAGAGAUUGAUACGGAUAAUUGGGAUCCGAUCUUUAUUUAUCUCUGUUCAACAAAAUUACCCCGGGAAACCCGAACAGAAUUUGAAAAAACUCUUCAUGAUUGUGCUGAAAUGCCUUCUUGGACAGAUCUAGAUCUGUUUUUAACAAAUACAUUUAAGGAACUAAUAUCGGUUGAUGAUGUUCCAGAUUUAAACCCUUACACUCACCCAAAACCCAAACAUGUCCAAGAAAACAAGAACUAUGUAAACAGAAGAGGCAAUACACUUCACACAAUGGUCAAUUUUGAAAAUGACAACUACCCAGAAAAUGAUGUUCAAUGUGAACAAGAAUUAUUAAACCCUACCCAAAAUUACCCAAAAACACAUAAAAGAAUAUGUGUACUAUGUGACAGUGAUCACGCUUUGAAGGAAUGCUCAUCAUUUAACUCCUUUGGAUUAAAUGAGAGGAUUGAAUUUGUGAAAAAUAAUGCCAUCUGUUACAAUUGUUUAGCUAUUGGCCAUACAAUUGAAAAUUGUUCAAGCACUUUUACAUGUAGAUAUUGUGGUGGUCCACAUAAUACACUUUUACACAACCCAGAUUCAAACCCGAACCCAACAUUUGAUGAAAACCCUCCAAAUGUGCUACAAUCUUUCUCCACCCUAACCCGAUCAAAUAAACAUGUUUUAGAUGACAGAAAGAAGCUAUUAGCAACAGCUGUUAUGCAGAUUGAAGCUCAAGGAAGAUUAUUUCCAGCGCGAGCGCUAAUAGACCCAGCUUCUGAUUACUCAUUUAUUUCGGAUCAGUUAAGACGUAGACUACGUUUACCCACCCUACCCAUAUCAGCUGAAAUAUCAGGUUUGAACGAAGUUGUAUCAGCUCGUUCAAACCAAAUGUGUGAAGUGACUCUGAGGUCCAAAACCCAAAAAGAUUUUAAUUUAAAAAUCCAAUCGAUAGUGGUCAAAACGCUAACUCAAAAUAUACCCACCCAAAAUAUUAACCCAAGUAUAAUUGAAAAUUUACAUAAUGUUGAGUUAGCUGACCCAAGGUUCUACGAAAGUAGACCCAUCGACCUUAUAGUAGGAAGUGAUUUUUACCCAAAGAUUAUAAAAUCUGGUAUUGAGAACAAUGUUUUAAAUACACUUUUAGCUCAAGAAACCCAAUUUGGUUGGAUCUUGACUGGACCGAUUGAAGAGCCUCACCAAGCUCGAACCCAACCCACAACACAAAGAGCAUUAUCAUAUUUCAGCUCAGUAACCCUGAAUGAUUGCAUAACCCAAAAACCCAAUAAAUUUGUAGAAGAAUCUAAAUUUGAAAAUAAUUUCACAAAUAAAAUGCAAAAUAUACCCGAUGUGCGUUAUAAAGUAAAUCUUCCAUUUCCUACCCAUAAAUUAGAAAUAGAAAAAUCUAAAAAUAUUUAUUUAAGAACAAAAUUAAAGAAUGCGAAGAAUAUUAAUAAUAAUCCAACAUUAAAAAAAGAUAUACAUAACGCACACCAAAAACAUGUUGAUCAUGGUCACAUUAAACCCACCCAAUUUAGAAAUGAUAGAUCUUCAACAACUUGCAAUUUUUCACAAUUAUACUAUUGUCAAACCCAAUCGCAUAAUGACAAUUGUCGAGUCGAUUUUAGAACGACAAUAGUUUAAUUGAUAAUUUAUAUGUACUGAUCCUACUCUAUAAAAUUAAAUACCCUAAAAGAGUAAUCGAAUCGGAUGAUUAAGUUGUCAAACCCAAGAAAGCCAAUAAUCAAAACACAACCCAAUUAUUUCAUUAACCCAACCAAUUCUUAUAAUGAAUUAUUUACCCACCCAUUAUUAACCCAUAACUAACAUUCACACUAACCCACUCAUACACAGAAAAUGAUCCUGCCCAUGCAGUAAAAAAGGGAACCGAAAUGGAUUCGGAUAGAAGAUACUACCCUAAACCCGAAUGUAGCAUAUGCUGGAUUUCCCAAAGGAAAACCUUAAGUAUUUUGCUUUACAUGUCUCCACAACCACACACAUUACCCGCAUAUAUACCCCGUACUAAAGUCUAUUUCAUUCCAGGUCUUUCAUUGGGGGGAGGAUGUUCACACGGUGAACAAAUAGUACCCAUUUUACCCAACACUUUACCCUCAGCAUCCCAUCACUGGUGAAUUCAACUGCAGCCAACUUCAACUGCGAUUGGUAGAAAAAAAGAAGAGAAGAAGUUAAACAAACAACAUCAUACAGUGAAAAAAAAAACCAAAAACCUAAAGCGGCAUCAUCAACCUUUAAAACCAAAACUUAAACCUAAAACAAAUGAACAUAAAACUUACCUAAAAUUAAACCUAUAAUUUG